AUGGUUCAUGUCGCUGCACCUCAACUGGUCGACGACGUCCUCCCGGAGAUAUUCACGAAUCUCGACAGCAGAGAUGACGUGUCGCGCAAGACUCUUUUUGCGCUUGCCAUCUCAUCCAGACGGUUUUCACGCCCCGCUCUCGACGUCCUCUGGCAAGCCCUCCCCAGCGAUCGCCCCCUGGUGGUGCUGCUGCAUCUACUAGGAAUUUCACAAUCGAGCACUUGGCAGUGGGACGAAGCGGUAUCAAGCGGAUCCUGGGACCGUCCACCUAGUGAAGAAGAUGCGCAGACCGUCGCGCACUUCAAGUCUGCGAACGAACUACGCCGUCAUCCCAACUGGGCCCACUUCUACACGUAUUCUCGCGGACAGGCAAAGGGGUCUCGAGCCCGGCCAGCCACACCCGCCGACCCCCUCCAGAGGACACUCGAACAGCUGACCGACAUCAAGGACGCAAACACGGCACUGCGGUACCUCGAACAGAACACCCUCAUCCCGAAAUCCUCACCCCUCAGCCACGCCAAUCUCAUCACUGCCCUCCGUCACAUCGCCGACACAAUGAAGGCGAACAACCCAGCCAAAAAGGCAGUGGUGGCCGCGGCCUUCUAUGCCACAGUAGUCUUCAACAACGAGCAGUCGAACAGCAUGGCGAAACUGGUGGCGGACAAGGUGGCAGGAGAGAUGGAACGGCGGGACACGGAGAGGGCAGACAAGCUAAAGGAGGAGUUGACAGAGGUACGGGAGGAGCUAGUUCGGACCAGGGAGCUCAUGGAAGAGGAGGUCGGAAGGCUGAAGACCAUCCGGACAGAGUGGGAGGCAGUCCCCAAACCGGUGGCAUGGGGUACAGUGCCACUUCCCCCAUCACAGGCGGCCGCUCUGCAGGAAGUAGACAUCAAGGAACGCCAGGUCUUGGUAAGAGGUCUCGCCACGGCAGGGGAUGGAGGAGGACGAGCCACGGAGGCGGACUUCAUCAAGAAGGCGGACAAGGUGGUGCAGGAGCUGUGUGAGGUCGCCGCCUCGGCGUAG